UGGAUGGGCCCAUGGUCAAGCCCCUGUCAAUGGUCUCUCCCACUGACAGCACGGGCCCAGCGUCAAUGUCUCUCCCACUGCCAGCACGGGCCCAGUCCAGAUCAACAGCACAAGAGAGAAGCGACGGCGCCGACUUGAGCCGCCGGCUGGGGGUGGCGACCUGCCCCGCGCGGCCUUGGAUCCCGUCUCCCGAACCCAAAACCCCAUUCCUUCCCGCAGACGGCGCCCCCCAUUCCAUCGACCCCAAAACCCAGAGAGCACGAGCAGCGCGACGGGCGCCGUCGGCCUAGGGUUUGAGGUCGCCGGCUGGUGCUCCGGUCGCCGCCUACUCUCCCAUUCGCCCCUCUCUGGAAGCCCCAUCUGCCACCUGUCAGCACCCGUACGGCGGCGCCUGCCCACCCCCUCCCCCCUUCGGCGGCGCUUCCCCACCCCUACCCCUCCCCCCUUCGGCGGCGCGCGGCAGGCGACGGGUGAGCGGCCGCCGACCACGACACGACACCGGAGUCCAUCUCUGCUGGUGGAGCGGCCGGCGAUCAGGACGACGCCAGCGGCAAGGACGAAGCCGACAUUCAAAAGUAAAAGUGGAAUGCGAUGUCCAAGCGGAGGAGAGGCAGGCGAGCUGGGGGUGCUCAACUUACCCGGAGGAGAAGGAGGAGGAGGAUGACAGGAAGCUAGAGGAGGAGGUGCAGCGACGCCUUAGGGGUGCAUUCAGCAAGCUCACCGGGGGGGGGGGGGACAAAUAGGUGCGAGCGCGCUUGGACAGAGGCAGGUAUGCGAGGUACCCUCGUGGCAGAGAGGCAGAAACUCAUUGAGAGUGAAAGUCUUCAAAAGUUUGAGCUCAAAGUCAAUUGUUCAGGCCAAGAAUUCAAGGAAUAUAUCAGGAAAAGAAGACUACACAUCAGAAAAGUUGCGUCGUACAAUUUUGGGGAAAAAAUUGUGGCAACACCACCUGAUCAUGUGGUUACCUUCAAUAUGACCGAACUAAUGGAAGGUAGCCCUGAGGUAUCUGUAUUGCAAAUGCUCUGCUGUGAUUGGAGUGGUUAUUUCAUGCUAUUGCGAGAAACUCCAGACUACUCGCAGGACCCUAAGAAGAGGUACCAGAAAGGAGGUUUCUUGACAUUUGCUCGCAUGAAGGAGAAGAUGUAUUUGCCAGAUAUUUUUGGACCCAUCACUGAGUUAGAGCAAUAUGAAGAAGCUUACACGGAUGUGAAACAAGUUGAAAUAUUCCAGAGCUUUCUUAAGAGAAUGAGCGAUGGACUUAGGACCCUCAAUGUGGACAAUCGACGAGAAUUUGAUCCUUAUAUCGUUCGUUUGCUGAAUCUGGCGAUGUUCUUAUCGGAGAGUGCCCACGCUUUCCCUGAAAGUGAGGACUUUGUGGUUGCGAAUUGGGACAGGCCCCUUUCUCAUCUGUCAAGGGUGACCCAGAGGCUGGAUGGACUGAUCCAUAUAUGGUCUUUUCUAUCAAAACUGGCGUUCAAAUUUUUCGUCGCCAUCAUAGAAUUCGACAUGCAUUUCCGGGGGUCUCGAGCUAGUUUUGAUGAAGCUAGGGAGCUGAUGCAUACGGCACUUGGGAGAGGUAGGCCUGCCCUGGAGCUGGAUGACAGCCUCAAUUUGAAGACCCUGCAGCUAGAUUUUUGUGGAGCAGAUGGGAGGUUCAAUUUGAGAACACUGCUGGGGAGUUAUCUUCGGGUCUUGAAGUGUGAAAAGCAUGAUAUCAUUAGGAUCAUCAUGCGGACUAAACAUAGAGUCACCAACUUCCUCCACGAGUACCCACCCAAACCUGAAGAGCAAAACCCGAAAGAGUUGUCACCAGAGGAUAAGAUUGCAGCAGAGCUUAGGAAAAAUGAAGACGAUGCUGAAUAUGUUCGAUGGGGGACUAUCAGAGAUGUGCAAGGGUUGAAAUUGAUAGAUUUCCUCUUGAAUGAUUUGCCCAUCGAUGAGGCCCAGUAACUCCAGAAGUCGAGGUGAAGAGGAUGCUGUUUUGAGAAGGGUGAUGACCAGUGGUGCGAAGAUGCCAGAAGUCGUUUUGUGGAGGUCAGCAUGUAUAGUUCAUGCGGUGUCCUGGGAAAAUGUAUAGUCGUUUUGGCCCUAGUCUUGCUUGAUGGGCGCUGAACUUGUAUAUGAAUCUAGAUCUUGGCAGUUUUGGAACUCGGUUACUUGGUACAGUACUAGUCACUUGUGUAGUUAUCUUUUCGCAUUGGAACUCGGUUACUUGGUACAGUACUAGUCACUUGUGUAGUUGGGCCUUUGGUUUUUGGUAUGGUUUGGAAUUCGGUUACUGCUUCUGUUUUGUACUGUACCUUUUUUCCGUUAAUGAGGAGUAAUGGAACCUGGCUCAGGCUCACA